AUGUUUCUGUUAUGGGUUACACUGUUUCUUCUUCAUCAAGUAUAUACUUUGGUCCCAGUGGUCACGGUUCAACUUGGUGAACCUGUCACUUUGCCAUGUGCUUUUUUGGAGAAAUAUCAGAGCACCACAUGGCUUCACUGGUACAAACAGAGUUCAGGAGAUACUCUGAAAUUAAUUGUGAUGCAGCAGAAAGGCUUAACGCCCAAGUAUGGACCAGACGUCUCUGACUCAAGAAUAAAAGCAACAAAUGAUGAUAAAUUCAGCAAUCUAACCAUUCUGAGGACAGUUCUACAAGAUGAAGGAAUGUAUCACUGUGCUCAUAUGGACUGGACUGAAUCUACUUGGACCGCGACCUAUUUGUCAGUAAAAGAAAACUCGAGCUACAUUGUUCUUCAAAACCCAGUUUCUGAUCGAGCGCAUCCAGCAAACUCAGAGACUCUGCAGUGUUCAGUCCUCUCUGAGUCUGAGGGCAAGUUGUGUUCAGGAGAGCUCAGUGUGUUCUGGUUUAGAGUCGGAUCAGGACAAUCUUAUCCAGAAAUCAUCCACACUAAUGAAAAAGGACCACAUAAUUGUGAAAAUACAUCAUCAUUAAACACUCAGAAGAAAUGUACUUACAGCUUAUCUAAAAACCUCAGCCCUUCUGGUACUGAUACAUUGUACUGCGCUGUGGCAACAUGUGGAGAGAUAUUAUUUGGAAAAGGAACUAAAACAAAUGCAGAUAAAUUACCAAAUUCUGAAGUUAAUGUGCUGAUGAUCAUAAUAAUAUGCUUGACCAUUUCUAUAACUAUAAAUAUAGUUUUUAUCUGUCGCCGAACUCAAAGAUCACUGUGUAGAAACUUUAAAAAAAACUCUCAGAGGACAUCGAGCUACACUGUUAUUCAGGACAUAACAGGUUCUGAUCCAGUUUGUCCAACAGACUGA